CGAAAUCAGAGGCUGUAAUUGGUCUAAGCCGCAUUACCUUAUCCACAAAAAUCCAUAUCUCACCAUUUUCUUAUCAUCUCACCUCUUCUUCUUCUUCUCUCUUUCAUCAUUUCACAACUCACUGCUUGCAUACACAUGGCAGCCCAAGCGUCUCUCUUCACCACAACGCUCUCCGCCGCCACCGAUCGUGUGGCGGCUCCCUGGAAGCAGUCUCUCAUCUCCUUCUCCCUCCCACCACCAGCUCUAACAAAGUCCGGCACCCGAUGCCGCCCCGUCCGAUCCAUGGCGGAGGGAAAAACGAAGGCGCCGGCCAAGGAGGCGCCGGCCAAGGAGGCGCCGACCAAGGAGGCGCCGGUAGCCUUUACUCCUCCAGUUCUCGAUCCGAACACCCCGUCCCCGAUCUUCGGAGGCAGCACCGGCGGCCUCCUCCGCAAGGCCCAGGUUGAGGAGUUCUACGUCAUCACCUGGAGCUCCCCCAAGGAACAGGUGUUUGAGAUGCCGACCGGAGGUGCCGCGACCAUGAGGGAAGGCCCGAAUCUGCUGAAAUUGGCCAGGAAGGAGCAGUGCCUGGCUCUAGGUACUCGGUUGAGAUCCAAGUACAAGAUCAAUUACCAAAUUUAUAGGGUUUUCCCCAACGGGGAGGUCCAGUACUUGCAUCCGAAGGACGGAGUUUACCCGGAGAAGGUUAAUCCCGGCCGCCAAGGAGUGGGGCAAAACAUGAGGUCGAUCGGAAAGAAUGUCAGUCCGAUUGAGGUCAAGUUCACCGGUAAACAGGUUUAUGAAUAGUGAUUUCUGUUUUCCUGUACGUUCACUGUAAUUCUCUGUUCAGUCGGAAACGGAAAUGUAUUGAUUUUAUACUACGUACGUAUAAGAAUGCAUACCUAAUUUAAAUGUCUUGGGCUCUUAGCUUAAUACGGAGUACUUCCUAUUUAUUGGUCAAACUCGGUCUCCAUUCAACUUCUUAUUUAGGGAACGGCAAAUUGGAUGUACC